GUGAUAGUACGUAGUACAAUUAUUGAACUAUACAGUUGUAGGUACCUAUUAUAAAAGUAGUAGGAAAAUAGUAGUAAUUUAAUUUCUUUUAUAUUGAUAUCGACUGAUGUCUUAUACUUCUACAGUCCGUUAAAACCGUCAUCAAUAACUUGUACCUAACUUAUCUAUGAGUAGUUCUUUUGUUCAUCUGUUGGUGGAUAGGCACGACUUACUCGUAUUGUCGCGCAGAUCAUCCGUAAAACAAUGCUCGUGACGUUUGUAAAUAUUGAUAUUACGUAGGUAAUAAUAAUAUUAUCAUUACCAUACACAAAACAUAAUAUUUCACCGUACAACGAUUUUUGGACACCGAAAUCGCAGUAUUUACUUUACAUUUGUCGUAUUGCUUGAAUAACAAAAUACCUAUUGCCGGACGACGUAAAAACAUUUAAAGACAUUUUGUUCCUGUUGUCGAUCGACCCAUCAUCUAUUAACAUGGAAAAUGACGGUGAGAGUUCGACUGUGGUGGCCUUAGAUGGCAGCAUCCAGGAACAAGAAAAAUAUAGUGAUGCAGUGGAAGUCUUGAAGCCUGAGGACAAGACCAAAUUCAGGUUAACUUUGGAACCUAUCAUGAUGCUAUUGCUCUUGGGAGUAAAUGUGAGCAUGAUGGUGCAAACUAACCUAAUUGAAGAACGUGUAUGCCUCCAUAGUGAUCUUGGGAAAAAUAAGUCUGUAAAUUGUUAUAAUAUGACUGCAGCAGAGCAAGAAAUAGUUCAACCAGCUGUAGCAGAUUUGCAGAUGAUUAAAAAUCUUAUUGAAACAUUGGUGCCUUGUGUAACUGCAUUGUUUUUAGGUCCAUGGAGUGAUAUAAAUGGCCGUUUGCCUUUGUUUUUAGCAGCUAUUUCAGGUAUUGUAGUAUCUAACUGUAUGUACUGUGUGUUUUCUACAAUGCCUAGUCUACCUCCAGUAAUGUUUUUGCUGUGCAGCAUACCUGUUGCUAUAAGUGGUGGUGGUGGUGCAUUGUUUAUAGCUUCAUUUUGUUAUAUUGUUGACAUUACUGAUUUCAAAACCAGAGCUUUCAGAUUAGGUGUUUUGCAAACAUUUAUAUCUUUAGGCUCGAUUAUUGGAUCAAUUCUAAGUCCUAUGUUAUACAGCAAAUCAUCUACUUAUGCUUUUGCCUUAAGUGCAAUGUCUACUAUAGCCGGACUUCUGUACACUUCUCUUUUUCUCAAAGAAACUGUUAUCAUAAAAAAAGGUAUAAACACAAAACUUUUCAAUCUCAGUCUAGUAAAAAACAUGUGGGAAACUGUUGUAAAAAAAAGAUUUGGAUAUUUAAGAUGCUUAAUUAUUCUUUCUGCUGUGGUAUUAACUUUGAACAUAGCUAUUGUAAUGGGUGAAGAUUCGUUGAUGUAUAUGUAUGUACAGAAACAAUUUUUAUGGACUUUAGAAAAUUACACUUUAUUUAAUGCUUAUGCUACAUUAUUAAGUGCUAGUAUUCCUGCAAUUGGAUUGUAUGUAUUGAGUACUAAACUUGAAAUACCAGACAUGUAUCUUGCUACUGCAGCUACAGGACUACGAAUCAUAGAAAAAGUUUGUUUAGCAUACUCACGUUAUACAUGGCAAUUUUAUUUAGCGAAAAUUUUUGGUUGUGUGGUAUUAACCAGUGAACCAUUAGUUCGAUCUCAAUUAUCCAAAAGUUUUCCAUCUGAAGAUUUAGGUAAAAUAUAUGCAUUCAUAAGUGUGAUCGAAGGUUUUGGCACAUUACUUGGUUCCCCAAUAUAUACUACUGCGUAUAAUAUGACAAUCCAUAACUUUGCCAAUUUUAUAUUUCUCCUAUCCGCAGUAUUUGGCACAUUUGUUUUAGGCUUAUACAUAAUUAUGCUAUUCUUAAUUUCAAAAAGUUCCAAGACACAAGAUUUAUUAAUUGUGAACUAAUUAUCGAAUAAAGAAUGCACAUUUUUUUUUCGUAACAAAUGUAUCAAUAUCAUUGUACAUUUUAUAUUUAGUGAAGAUUUAU